AUGGGUGUCGAGGCAAUUCAGCUUGACCCGCCUACCCCUGCGGGUUAUCAUCCGCCCAAUCCUAGGGCGGUGCACAAGAGGUUCCAAAGCUGCCCCAUUUCGCCAUUCCUACUAUGCACAACCGCUACGGGGAAUUCGUUCUCCGGUGGCGGUUUUGGAGGAAGUAUGCCCCAAGCACACGAGUUGAUUGUCCAAAGUCUUGAAGAAGCUGGGAUUGAGUACGUAUUUGGUAUCCCAGGCGGCGGCACCGGCCAGAUUUUCAACCUUCUUGUGGGCAAGGAGGAUCGAAUAAAAGCCAUUUUGUGUCGGCACGAGCAGACCGCAGCCAUUAUGGCGGAUGCCUAUGCCCGGGCCAGCGGGAAGCCGGCUGUCGUGAUGGGUCAGGGCCUGUUUAUCGGUUCCAACGCCAGCUUUGGGAUAAUGGAGUCAAUGCUCAGCAGUUCUCCCAUGGUGGUGCUUACCGAUACCUCCGACGGGGGCAAUGCCCUGCAUCCGGCCAACCAGUCAGGUUCGGGAGAGUACGGAAGCAUCGACCUGCCCACCAUUAUUAGGUCAAUGACCAAGUACACGUCGCUGGCUACCAGCCCUAAGGAGGCUGUACUGGGAACCCAGCUGGCAAUUAAGCAUGCGACCAGCGGGCGACCUGGUCCGGCGGCGGUCGUAAUGCGGUCCGCCUCCAUUUCUGGUGAGGUUGAUGUGGAGUCCCCUCCUUUUAUUCACAACGCCGCAGGUUACCUCAACACCGCCAAACCUCAGAGUGCUCCCCAGGAUAUCGAGAAGGCAAUCGAAAUCCUUUCUUCUGCCAAGCGACCAAUAAUCAUGGCCGGUAACGGUGUCCACCAGGCCAGGGCCCACGCUCAGCUACAACAGCUUGCGGAAAUGUGGGGCGUGCCGGUGGCCACCAGCUACAAGGGCAAGAGCGCCCUCGCCGAGACCCAUCCGCUGUCCCUGGGCAUGGCGGGUGUGUACGGCCAGGAGGCGGCCAACCUGGGCGUGGGUGAUGCUGAUGCAGUGAUAAUAGUGGGCGCCAAGCUUAGCCCCCAGGACACCGUUCGGGAGCAGCCCAAUGUAUUCGACCCCCUUACCCAGCGAAUAGUUCAAAUAGAUAUAGAUGAGCGGAACGCCGGCUGGACCUUCCCCAUUGAAUUGGGCCUUAUCGGCGACGCCGGGAGCAUUCUUACGCAGUUGGUGGAGGCUUCGCAGGAAGUCGCCCCAUCGACAGCUUCCAAUCGCGAAGAAUGGACCGCCAGUGUGCCCGGACGUAGGUCUUCAGCCGGUUUCUUUGACGACCCGGCGAUGCAUGUGGAUUCUUCCCCGGUAACGCCGCAACGUUUGGUUGCCCUGUUGCGGCAGACUAUGCCGGACGACACGGUAUACGCACUGGAUGCUGGCAACAACCGGACAUGGAUGGCUCACUUGUACCAGUCUGCCCAGGCUCAUACGUUUUUUGCUCCCGGCGGCACCGCCGGAAUGGGCUGGGGAUUACCCGCUGCUGUGGCCCUCAAGCUGGCUUACCCGGACCGCCCGGUGGUGGGAGUUACGGGAGACGGCGGCUACAUGAUGACGGUCAAUGCCCUGUCCACUGCCAUGCAGUACGAACUCCCCAUGAUUUGCAUAGUAUUCAACGACAACGCCCUGGGGAUGGUGCGCCACCACCAGCCAGAAGGCCGACGCAUUGCCUCCGAGUUUAUCGACACCGACAACUCCGCGGUCGCGCGGGGAUUUGGUUGCUUUGGCGUUCAGGUAAAUGACUCCCGCAAUUUGCCCGACGCCCUGAGAGACGCGCAAGCAUCGGGGUUACCUUCAGUAAUUGACGUGGUUAUUGACCGUGGCCCGUCGCCGGACGACUGGCGCGCCGACCUCAGGACUGCCGGAGAGACUUAG